AUGAGGAACGCCCCACUCUACGGCCCCUGGGGCCUGCACAUCAGGAACGGAGCGACCCGCGUACCCAGCCACAUAGUCAACCUCCACCGCCUCAAUCAGAUCAUGACUGUCAAAAAGCAGAGUGUCUGUUAUAUGAGGACAGCAGGAACUUCGGGCGACCCUGGCUCUCUGGAUGAGACCAGCUAUGAAAGACUGGCGGAGAAGACACUGGAUUCCUUAGCAGAGUUUUUCGAAGACCUCGCAGACAAACCUUACACAUUCGAAGACUAUGAUGUCUCCUUUGGGAGUGGUGUUUUAACAGUUAAACUGGGUGGAGAUCUAGGAACCUACCUGAUCAACAAGCAGACCCCAAACAAGCAGAUCUGGUUAACUUCACCCUUCAGUGGGCCCAAGCACUACGACUGGAUGGGGAAGAACUGGGUGUAUGCACACGAAGGCAUGUCCCUCCACGAGCUGCUGGCCACGGAGCUGACUAAAGCCUUGAAAACCAAACUGGACUUACCUUCUCUGGCCUAUUCCGGAUAA